AUGCUGAACUCUAAUGCAUCACAUGCCAACCAGAAUAGUUUCAUUUUGACAGGUAACCCGGGGAUGCCAGAUAAAAGUCCAUGGAUGGCCUUUCCCCUGGGGUUUCUCUACACACUGACUCUCCUGGGAAAUGGUACCAUCUUAGCUGUCAUCAAGCUAGAUCAAAGUCUCCGUGAGCCUAUGUACUACUUCCUCUCUAUCUUGACUCUGUCAGAUGUUACUCUCUCCAUGUUCUCAUUGCCCUCCAUGCUCAGCAUUUUCUGGUUUAAUACCCCUGAGAUUCCCUUUGAUGCAUGUAUCACACAGAUGUUCUUCAUCCAUGGAUUUGAAGGGGUAGAAUCAAGAGUAUUAGUGUCCAUGGCCUUCAACACAUUUGUGGCCAUACAAGACCUACUAUGCUAUGCUUCCAUCCUCACUCAUGGCACCAUUGGCAAGAUUGGAAUAGCUUUCCUCACUGGGGAAGUCUGUUUGGUCUUCCCUGUGCCCUUCCUUAUAAAGCAGCUAUCCUUCUGCCUUUCCAAUGUCUUGUCUCGUUCAUACUGUCUCCAUCAAGAUGCAAUGCGACUAGCCUGUGCCAGUACCAGCAUCAACAACCUCUAUGGCUUCAACGUCAUCUUCACAUUGCGGCUGGAAGCCCUUAUAAUUCUCUUUUAUGUGCUCAUCCUGAAGACUGUGCUGGGCAUUGCUUCCAGAGCUGAAAGACUCAAAGCCCUCAACAUCUGCCUCUCUCACAUCUGCUCUGUGCUCCUUUUCUAUGUUCCUCUCAUUGGCAUCACCAUGAUCCACAGAUUUGGGAAGCAUUUAUCACCAGUAAUGCACGUGCUUCUGGCGAAUAUCUAUUUGUUUCUCACCCCUGUAGUAAACCCCGUUGUUUAUAGCAUGAAGACAAAGCAGAUAUGA